AUGUUCGACGGAGGAACACGCGCAAACUGUUGUUCAAGUCAGCUCUGAGAACUCAAACGUCUACCGUGACCAACCUCGCCGUUCCAUUCGGUGAUCAUUGUAUGUAUAUACUGGUGCUGCUAUCGCUUGGUUUGCACGAUGGAGUUGUCGUGGUCGUGGACACGGUUCUAGGUCCGGGAAAAGCCUUGCGCUCUACUCAUUGACGAGCCGAAGGUCCUUAUCUUUCCUUUGACGUUUAUCCCAAGUUAUUCCUCGUGUGCGACCCUCCUCGUGUAUCAUGACCACAUGUCAAUGUAUGUCAAUGUACACCAAUCAAUGUACACCGAUAUUAUGCACCCUGGGAACUACUCCGACUCCUGGGCAUAUAGGCAUAAGUAAGCCGGAUUUUAUUUCAGGCACUUUGCGCUGACAUACUUAUCAUGAUCGUAAUUACCCGCGAGCUGUUUACUAAUCAUGACAAUGCAUGUCCACUGAAUCGUUAUCUUAUAGGUAUCCAGACCACCUCUGAUUGUAUAUUUUGUUGGCCAGAUACACCUCGCACCCCACGUCAAGUCUAUCUAAACUCUCCCCGGAGCCCUUCCACGCAUAAUUGCUCUGUUCUACGAUGGAUCUGGAAAAGGAAUCGAAAGCCGUAGACCUCUCUCACCACCUAUCUGUUGUAUCCAGAGCGAGAAAGACCUCCCCUCUCAAGGGGCUGCAGAAGUACUUUGUUAAGCCCGGCAUGCUUAGCCUCGCUGGCGGUUUACCCAGUCCUGCUUACUUCCCAUUCUCAAGCAUAUCAGCAGAUGUUUUAGUCACCGAGUCUUUUGCGGUUGUUCCGGAUGAACAGUCCUCUACCUUCUCAUGGUUUUGGAAGCUAUUUGGCUCAGGUCCGUCCACUAAAGAGAAGACAACUACUGUUACUAUCCCCAAAUAUCCGACCAAUCCGGGUGAUAUCAACCUAGCGGCUGCUCUCCAGUACGGUGCAGCAGUUGCACAGACACCACUUCAAGAAUUCAUAAAGAACUUUGUGACACAAGUAUAUCAACCAGCAUACGAUGACUUUUCAGUGUUAAUUCACACUGGGAACACAGAUGGAUGGAACCGGAUUGUAGCAACAUUAUGCAAUCCUGGUGAAGGGGUUCUUACAGAGGAAUGGACUUACCCAUCUGCCAUGUCAGCCAUGGCUCCUUACGGUAUCAAUCCCGUUCCUAUUGCGAUGGACAGUCAGGGUAUGAGGGCUGAUAGUUUGAAUACGUUAUUGUCCGAGUGGGACGAGGAAGCUCGUCACAUGAAGAGACCUCAUGUCAUGUAUAUAGUUCCCGUUGGUCAGAACCCCAAGGGCACUACUAUGGGAGUGGCGCGCAAGAAGGAAAUUUACGAGAUUUGUGUCAAGUACGUUGUAGACAUCAUAAUCGCGGAGGAUGACCCAUAUUACUUCCUCCAAAUGGGGUUGUUUGUGCCAAAGGGGGAACGGUCAAUGUCGGCAAUUGCUUCUACAUCGACACAGAAAGAUGAGCCUUGGUGCCAAGUUCUAAUCUCAAUGUGGCUCAGAUAUGAUUAUGAAGGCCGAGUUAUACGUCUCGACACAUUCUCCAAGACAAUUGCUCCUGGAAGUCGUCUGGGUUGGUUUACUUGCAACCCUCUCUUCGCAGAAAGAUUAGAGAGACAGGGUGAAACUUCCACUCAGGCUCCGUGUGGGUUUGGGCAGGUGAAUCAAAUCAACCAGUUUACGGAAUUGUUAUGGCUAACUUGGAUAAAGUCUCUUAUCACAAGGGCGCUUUUACACUGGAAAUAUGAAGGCUAUAUUCGGUGGUUGCGAGGCCUAGGUGCUGAAUAUGAGAUCAGGCGGAAUUUUUUCAUAGACUGUCUCGCAGAAGAAUUCCUUCUGCAGAAAGGUGUUGGUACCUCAGGGGUAUGGCGAGGAUGUAACGUGUAUCGAGCGUCGGCUAAGAAUAAGAAGCAGCUCAUGCAAGAGAAGUAUGCUGUGGAAAGGGAUACGAUGUUCAGCUUCAUCCCACCGACUGCUGGAAUGUUUGUCUGGAUGAAACUCCAUUUGGAGAACCAUCCAUCAUUUGCACAGGAGGACGGGGAAACACUGGAAAUGAAGUUGUGGACUCAGGUUGCCGAGGCUGGUGUACUCUUUGGACCUGGCUGGAUGUUUGCACCCGAUGCCUUUAGCACCUCCGUGAUGGAGGAGAAUGAAGUCGGACACUUCCGCAUUAGCUUCAGUAAUUCUGAGUUUGCUGACCUCAAGAAAGCGGUCACCAUAUUUGGUCGGGUGAUCAGGGAAUUUUUUGCGAAGGCUUGAGAGGCUAGGGGGAUAGUCAGAAUACAUGUAUUGUGCAGUGAGAUGGAUUGUCUGAGGUAAAUCAUAUAUUUAUUCCGAGUUUUUGGGACGAGCUUGGGGUUCCUGGACAGAUGUUACAGUAUGUAGUCUUGGCUGCAGUAAUGGCUUGAGAUGCCGGAUCCUAAACUA